AUGGCAUGCCUUUUGCUCAUUCUAAUUUCUGUCCUGGGCCUGAUUAUUCAUUCAGAAGGAAAAGCAGAAGAAAUAAACAAUAUGCACUUUGUUGAAGCCACAGCACUACCUGAGAAAAUAACGCUCACCUGCAAUACAUCUAAGGAGCCAAGUGCAUUGGUUUAUUGGGUGAAAAAUAUGAAAUUGGAAGGAAAUGGCAAGAGUUUGGAAAAAACCAUCCGGGGAUACCCAGAUGCUGGCAAAUACGUUUGUAGGAGCAACACCACAGAUGCUAUUUUAAGUUACAGUACCGUGUAUAUUAAGAAGAAAAAUGACAACGGUGAAGUAGCUGAGUCAAUUCUCAGUCCUUUCAAAGAAGAAAGCAACAGACCCUACUUCAAAUGUACAGCAAACAAUUUCUCUGGGGACUUCAAGUGUUUCUGGAAACCACUCGAGCAGAAUUCAAAUUUGAACUUUACAAUUAAAGUCACAUCAGGAAAAGCAGUCUGUGAUGAGCCAGUCGGACCAGAGGCAGGAAUGUACACUGCUUCCUGCAGAAAAGGAAUUCCCUGCCCAUCCACUGAGGAGUACGAAGAAAUUGGGAUUGUUCUAGAGGUUUUCCAUGGAUUUGAAUAUGAAGAACAUACUCACAACUUCUUCAUCAAAGAUAUUCGUAAGUUAUGCAAAAAGGUUUGGAAUGAGGGUAGUGGUGGUGUGAAGCCUGAUGCUGUUGAGUGCCAAAUGGAGAACAGCCUAUUGACUUGGACACCACCCAAAACCUGGAGCACUCCGGCUAGUUACUACAAGCUGACAUACCAAAUCAAGAUGGUUCAGCAUCCACGGAGAGACUGGGUAAUUGCUGUAUAUUCAGAGGAACAUUGCAUCACAGCACAGCACACAGUCUAA